CAACCUUAGCUGUAGCCGGGUUAAAAUUAAACCCUGAGAAAUGUGAGCUAUUCAAAAAUAGCAUAAAAUUUUUAGAGCAUGAGGAAACAGCACAGCAACAAGUCUUCGAAACAUUGAAGACCCACCUCAUUACUGCCCCGAUCCUAAGAUACUCUAACUUUGAAAGAACAUUUUAUCUUUAUACCGACGCGUCUGGUAUUGGAUUAGGGACAGUAUUGGCCCAAAAAGAUGAAAACAAGAAGGAGUAUGCCAUUGCUUAUGCAAGCAAAAGCCUUACACGCCCAGAACGAAAUUAUGCUGCCACAGAGCUAGAAUGUUAUACUGUGGUUUGGGCAGUGGAAUAUUUCCAUUAUUACUUAGAGUAUAAACUAUUUAUUGUUGUUACGGACCAUGCAGCAUUAAGAUGGCUUCACAAUACCGCCCUUAAAGGGAGAAGAGCUAGAUGGAUUCCACGCCUUCAACUCUAUAACUUCACAAUCCUAUUACAUUAUCAAAAAGUAGCAGAUAUGAGAAAUGUUGAAGAAAAUCACCAAGGUAAAUUACUACCUGAAGAAACCAAAUUCGCUGAAUUUGAAGAGGUGGAAGUUUUCAGGGCAAUUGCCCAAGAAUACUUCCCCGAAGAAAUUGAUGAAGAAACGAAAACUAUCCCUAGAGACCUUAAUACGGAAGAAAGCGAAUGGGAAAAUUAUGGCACUGAUGAAAAUGAAAUUUGGGAAUGUGAACUGGACGAAGAACUCACCACAAGUGAAGUAGAGCGUGAAAGGUAUCUUCAGGCUCUCUUAAUUGAAUUGGCUAUAGAAGCCGAAAUAGAAAUUACUGGAAAAAAAAAGAAAACUCCAAAUAUAGAUGAAAAGACCCAUACAGAUUGGUCAUUGUUAUCAAAAUGGAAUCUACGAAGAAUUGACACUAGAAAAUGCUUGAACGGCUCAAAGAAAUUGAGUAGUAACCAAAAAUACGAGACUAUUAGCCAAAAUGGAUAA